AUGCCGUUGUGUCACAGUUACAUCAGUCACCCAAUCGUCCCUGUCAAGCGGCGUGGUCGCGAUAAGAAGUUACGUCGCAGCUAUAGUACCUCAGCUAUGAUGAAUACCCGCCCAACUAUAGAUAAGCCUGCUAAAUCAUGCAUAUCUAGCCCCAAAAAAUCUGGUGUCGAAAUUCCAUUAGCUGUUCAGCCACAAAAACGUCAAAUUCUCCGAAAAGACGUCUCGAGAGCAACAAACAAGCAGACUGAGCUGACCGUAUCAGCAAGGCAGACUAAGCUUACUUCGUUGGGUGUCCAAAGAACUGCCAAUAAUUCCUCAAAGGACUGCAUUGAGGAUUUACCCAAGCUAAAUGAAUCAGGCUUUUCCACCGAUAUUUCAGGACCGCUUGAACAAGUGGCCUCCCCACGUACCAAACUGCAAACAAAGUUAACUUCCCUUGGUAUUCGAAGAACUGCUAGACAAUUUUUGAAGGAGCUCGCCCGCGAACGCGAAUCUGACUAUCUCCGGUCCCUUCGAGACAAUAUAGAAACUGGAAUGCGUGUAGGUUUUGAAUGCUAUGGUCUUUCAAGUUUCAGAUUUAUGCUAUUCCUUUCCUAUGUGAUUAUGACUGAAGAAAAGGGUCGUGGUGUGGUGGCUUCUCGUCUGUUUAUACAGGACGAAUUUGUCGUGGAAUACGCGGGCGAGUUAAUUUCAGAACGAGAGGGCCAUGCUCGUGAAAAAGAGUAUAAGCAAAACCCAGAAUUGGGAUCAUACAUGUUCUUUUUCGUUCACGCGUAG